AAGCAGAUUUAAACUGCAGGGAAUUGUUGACUUAUCCUCUGCAUGCAAAGUCCAUCAGACUGUGAUGUAGUGAUUGUCACUCACUGUCCUGGGUCCUGUACCACGUGGAUGAGCAACGUCCGGACCUCGGCCACAAACUCAUUUCAUCCAGCCCGUAAAGAAACAGCAGAUUGCAUAAUUAGUCUGGAGUCAGUGCUGCAGACAACUGGAUGGUUGCCGGUGUGAAACAGGAGAUUACGAGGGCUAACGCCCAGAAUUAUUUUAAUCUCACAUCUCAAGACCACAUAAGACGAAAGUUGCCCUGAGUUGUGAGAUUCAACACUCGGUGUUCAGGUUCCAGAGAAGUCUUCUGCUCAUUAGUUUCUUCAUUCAUUCAUCUGACAAUGGCCAGCGGUCCACUCCACCUACAAGUCUUCUUUUUACUGCUGUCGUCUGUUUUCUGCCAACAGGAGGAAAACGUAGCACUGAAAAAGACUUACAAGCAAAGUUCCUUCCACCCGGAGUACACAUACAAUCCAUCGCAUGCGGCUAACGGUAACACCAGCGGUUACUUUGACAACUACAACUGCAUCGACACUAUGGAGACCGAUAUGGCGCCUUUCUGGCAGGUGGAUCUUGGACAGGUGUACCCCGUGCUGAACAUCACCAUCUUUGGCAGAACUAAUUUCUUACACAGGCUUGAUGGAGUGUCGGUCAGUGUUGAUGGUCGAAAUUGCACGAGGAUCAAGGGAACACCCACAAGUCUUAAUACCUCCUUGUCGUGUACAACUACACUUUAUGGUCAGCUGGUUAAACUUCAAAAACCAAACAGCAGUUUAACAUCUUCAUACCAACACGUCCUCAGUGUUUGUGAAGUCCAGAUUUGGGUGUGUACCCGUGGAUUCUAUGAACACAGCUGUCAUCAUCCAUGUGGCAAAUGCUACAACAACAGUGACUGUGACCGCUACACUGGAGACUGCAGGAUCCUCCCUUGCCAGCCUGGCUACACUGGCAGCACGUGCCGAGAGUGUCCAGAUUACACUUUUGGAGAAAACUGCAGCAGCAUUUGCGGCAGGUGUAAAGACAACGCCACGUGUCAAAAGGUCAAAGGGCACUGUGCUUCAGGCUGCACUGCAGGCUGGUCGGGACCCCGCUGUCAUCAAGAGUGCCCCCAACACACAUUCGGUGAGAACUGCAACAGUACUUGCGGUCAGUGCAAGGACAACGCCACCUGUCACCAUGUCCACGGAAGCUGUUCCCUUGGUUGCUCUUCAGGCUGGACUGGAGACAGGUGCCAAGAAGCUGAGGAGGAAGUUAGCAUCAUGAUGUGGAUUGCACUUGGAGGCGGCAAUCUUCUGGCACUUAUCAUUAUAAUCAUCAUAGUCGUUGUCCAAAGGAGUCGUCGCAAGCAUCAUCUCUACAGAACCACUCUGCCAGCUCGCACCACUCUGCCAGCUCGCCCCGCGGGCGACACGACACUGGCUGAGAGAGACUAUUUGUCUGAUCGGUAUUCUCAUCCACCUUCUUCGCUAGCUUGCCCUGAUGCUCAUCUACAAGCAGCUGGACAGGGAUGCAUACCACUGGCAGCACACGACAGCAGAGUUCAAAUGAACAGACUGAAAAUCUACAUCCUGAACAAACUGCAGACCGCGGAACUGGACAGAGAAUUCUCGCAUCUGACUGCCACCCAAGUCUCUGACUGCACAGUCGGUGCCAGCAGAAAGAACCGUCGGAAAAAUCGCUUCAAAGAUAUUCUCCCGUAUGACCACUCACGAGUGAUUUUGGAGAGGAUUGAUGGCGACGACUGCUCUGACUACAUCAACGCCAGCUACAUCAAGGGUUGUCAGCAGGACAAGGCUUACAUUGCCACUCAGGGUCCAAAGGAAAACACGACAGACGACUUCUGGCGCAUGGUGUGGGAACAACACGUGACACAGAUUGUCAUGGUAACAAAACUCGUCACCAAACCCAAGAAAGACUGCCCCGUUCUUCGUGUACUGGCCGUCCGCUGGACAGAAAAGAAGGUUCGGACAGGUGGAGGUGACCAACAUUGAAGAGGUCAGCAAAGCUCACUUCAUCGUCAGAACCUUCUCCGUCAAGCAAGACAACGAGUAUCGGCAUGUGGAACAGUUCCAGUUCACUGGCUUCACGGAGCAGCAAACUCCUUCCCCAGUGUCCUUUGUCGGCUUCUGGCGGUUCGUCAACUCACGUGCUUCUCUCAAUGACACUUCGCCUCCCAUCAUUCAC